UUCAUGGCGUCACACAGGGGUCCAUGCUCCGACCUGUUCUGUUCACUCUUUACAUGUUCCCUUCGUAGGCAGUAUUAUUAGAAAGCAGCCUCCUCACUUCCAUUGUUAUUUAGAUGACACCCAACUUAAGAGCCUUCAGCUAUCAGGCUCCACUCUUGUGGACCCGUCCUCUUGAUUCAGUCCUGGACGCCGAUGCCCACUCCUCAUCCGAAAGUCAAAUUACAAUUCUCCUUUUGGCAAAGGCAUAAAGCGCUAAAAUGUGUGCUGGAUACAUAUUCAACAUGCUAUGUGUGUUUUUUGGCCAAGCAAACAAUGAUGGUUUGGUGGAUUCCCGGCCCACGGCAGCCUCGUCUGUCAAUCACCUCCAAAAAUAGAAGAGAAGCAGUCUGAUAGCACCACUCUCUCUCUCUUUCUGAAAGUGUGUGUGUGGGUAUGUGUGGACACGGCUCGACUGCUGUGACACUAACACCAAGUGCAAUCAGAAAGCAUGCAGCAGAAGUCCCAGUGAGAAGUAGAGGAACCUUUUAACCACUGAAAAGUCCAAGCCAAAAAUUGUCCACAAAACAAUGGCUGGUUGUUUCCUGAGUGCUCACCGCUGUCCCCAAGUGGACCUGCCGCUGCAUCGCGGCACUCAGAUUCCACCUUGUCUCAUCGCUUCCUCGUCCAACUCCGCCGAGGAAGACGAGCGUGGAAGCGGCAGCGACUGGUCGGAAGACGACCUGUCCCUUCACUUCUCUGCAUCGGUCAUCAGCCCGUCCAGUGACGAAGAGUCUGAUCCGGAAAGCUGCGGUCCAUGCGUCACUCAAGACAAAUGUCCGAUUCAAGUCAAAAAGCUCUUUGGCCCCACUGUCCAUCAUCGCUCAGAUCUGUUGCUACGGCAACACAGCAUGCCAGUGACCCCUCAAAGCGGCGGAGGAACUUGCCAAGACGACAACUCGGCACCACAACGACUACGGAAAUCCUUCUCUUUGGAUGAAAGCAAAACCAAGAUGGCCUCUUGCAUCAUCAACAGUGUCCUGUUCAAGAAGAUGCAGGAGCAGUUUGUCUCCGCAGAGGCUCAGAACUCUUCAGCUGGAAGGGCGGAGGAAGAUUUGCUUGAAAAAGUACACAGUUUCUCCGCCAGCAGAGCUCCGACAACCGCCCGGGUCUUCGGUCGGGAGGACAAACCACGUCCAAAUUUGCAAGUUCGACAUGGAAAUAAUAAGGCUUCCACAGGACAUGUGACCAAGAUGGCUGCCUGCUUCUCCAGAGUCAAGUCCAUCCCAGUUAGGACUGUGAAAGAUCUUGCCGAUAAACCUACAGAGUCCAGCCAAACUGAAAGAACCAGAACCAACGUCAGUGACCAGGCUGCUACGUCCUUUCCUGAGCAGACUGUCACUGCCCAGGAACAGAACUGCAUUCUGGGAGUGUCCUCUCGUCAUGUCUCUGCUGUGUAUACUGCCUUGCCCACUUCCCGGUACCCUCACCUGGGCCAGGUACGCACCAGCCAGACCCUCCCAUCAUCUAUGAGCUCCACCCACGCCUUCCCACAAUCUAAGAGAUCUAUCCAGACCUUCCCUCCACCCAUUAGCUCCACCCACACCAUCCGUCCAUCCAUUAGCCCUACCCACACCCUCCCUCAAUCCAUGAGCUCCACCCACACCAUCUGUCCAUCCAUGAACCUCACCCACACCCUCACUCCAUCCAUGAGUUCCACCCACAAACUCACUCCACCUGUUAGAUCCACCAACACCCUCACUCCAUCCAUUAGCUCCACCCACACCUUCCCUCCGUCCAGGAGUUCCACUCACACGUUCCCUCCAUCCAUGAGCUCCAUCCACACCCUCCCUCCAUCCAUGAGCUCAACCCACACCCUCCCUCCAUCCAUUAGCUCCACCCAUAUCCUCCCUCCAUCCUUGAGCUCCAUCCACACCCUCCCUCCAUCCAUGAGCUCAACCCACACCCUCUCUCCCUCCAUUAGCCCCACCCGUAUCCCCCCUCCAUCCAUGAGCUCCAUCUACACGCUCCAUCCAUCCAUGAGCUCCAUCCACACCCUACCUCCAUCCAUGAGCUCAACCCACACCCUCCCUCCAUCCAUUAGCUCCACCCAUAUCCCCCCUCCAUUCAUGAGCUCCAUAUACACCCUCCCUCCAUCCAUGAGCUCCAGCCACACCCUCCCUACAUCCACUAGCUCCACCCAUAUCCUCCCUCCAUCCUUGAGCUCCAUCCACACCCUCCCUCCAUCCAUGAGCUCAACCCACACCCUCCCUCCAUCCAUUAGCUCCACCCAUAUCCCCCCUCCAUUCAUGAGCUCCAUAUACACCCUCCCUCCAUCCAUGAGCUCCAGCCACACCCUCCCUACAUCCACUAGCUCCACCCAUAUCUUCCCUCCAUCCUUGAGCUCCAUCCACACCCUCCCUCCAUCCAUGAGCUCCAUCUACACCCUCCAUCCAUCCAUGAGCACCACCCAAGCCCUCCCUCCAUCCAUGAGUUUCACCCACACCCUUCAUCCAUCCAUGAAUUCCACCCACACCCUCUUUCCAUCCAUGAGCUCCACCCACACCCUCCCUCCAUCCAUGGGCUCCACCCACACCCUCCCUCCAUCCAUGAGUUUUACCCACACCCUUCAUCCAUCCAUGAAUUCCACCCACACCCUCCUACCAUCCAUGAGCUCCACCCACAACCUCCCUCCAUCCAUGACCUCCACCCACUCCCUCCCUCUAUCCAUGAGUUCCACCCACUCCCUCCCUCUAUCCAUGAGUUCCACCCACACCCUCCCUCAAUCCUUUAGCUCCACCCAUACCCUCCAUCCAUCCAUGAGCUCCAUUCAGACCCUACCUCAAUCCAUGAGCUCCUUCCACCCCCUCCCUCCAUCCAUGGGCUUCAUCUACACCCUACUUCCAUCCACGAGCUCCACCCACACCCUCCAACCGUCCACGACCUCGAUCCAGAGAUCUCAGCCUGAAGAAGUCUCCAGUAGCUCCGCCCCCAGACGCCUGAUGUUUGAUCCUAAACUCCAGCAGUACUUUUGUGUGCAGAAGAAGAUGCUGAUUGACCUGGAAACGGGUCAGUACAUCCAGGUCGUCCUACCUGCGCCGAUCUUCGGUGCGGACAACACGGACCCCGUCACCCGGAGCCCCCCUCCACAUCCUGCCGUGCACGUGCACCCCCUGCACGCCGGCACGCUCAUCUGGCCGAGUCAGCAAUAUUACAGACAAGAAAAGGCAAGCCAGUGAAGAUAUUUACAAUCCAAACAGAAAUGCAUGAGACAUUCUGCAUGCUAAAGUGAUGUCACCUUUCUCCACGAUUGGAUGAUUCAUCAAAGUGACCACUAGGGGGCUCACAGUACUAAUACACAACAUCAAUCAAUUAAUCAAUGUUUACUUAUAUAGCCCUAAAUCACUAGUGUCUCAAAGGGCUGCACAAACCACCACGACAUCCUCGGUAGGCCCACAUAAGGGCAAGGAAAACUCACACCCAGUGGGACAUUGGUGACAAUAAUGACCCAGUGGGACGUCAGUGACAAUGAUGACUAUGAGAACCUUAGAGAGGAGGAAAGCAAUGGAUGUCGAGCGGAUCUAACAUGAUACUGUGAAAGUUCAAUCCACAAUGGAUCCAACAUAGUCGCAAGAGUCCAGUCCAAACCGGAUCCAACACAGCAGUGAGAGUCCCGUUCACAGCGGAGCCAGCAGGAAACCAUCCCAAGCGUAGGCGGACCAGCAGCGCAGAGAUGUCCCCAGCCGAUACACAGGCGAGUAGUACAUGGCCACCGGAUCGGACCGGACCCCCUCCACAAGGGAGAGUGGGACAUAGAAGAAAAAGAAAAGAAACGGCAGAUCAACUGGUCUAAAAAGGGAGUCUAUUUAAAGGCUAGAGUAUACAAAUGAGUUUUAAGGUGAGACUUAAAUGCUUCUACUGAGGUGGCAUCGCGAACUGUUACCGGGAGGGUAUUCCAGAGUACUGGAGCCCGAACGGAAAACGCUCUAUAGCCCGCAGACUUUUUUUGGGCUUUGGGAAUCACUAAUAAGCAGGAGUCCUUUGAACGCAGAUUUCUUGCCGGGACAUAUGGUACAAUACAAUCGGCAAGAUAGG